AUGGACUGUCCAUGGAAGGAGAUUAUCGGCGUCAUUACGUCAGUCUUCUUCAGUCCUGCAGCAACGGAAAUCGCGAGACUUUAUGGAGACAAACCCAUGGAUUGUUCCUCAAGAAGGCGCGGUGAGCUUGGUGCUGCAAGGAGGCUGUUCGACGCCAUGCCGGGUAAAGAUGCUGUGACGUUGAACUCUCUGCUUCAUGGAUAUACUCUAAACGGUUAUCCCCAGGAAGCUCUGAGGCUGUUUAAAGACUCGCAGCUAACCGCUGAUGUGAUCACAAUGACGACUGUUCUUGGGGCUUGCGCAAAGUUGGAAGCUUUGAAAUGCGGGAAGCAAGUACAUGCUCGGAUUCUCAUCGGCGGUGCUGAAUAUGACUCGUGCGGCGAUUUGAGAAUGGCUAGCAGUUUGGUGGAUCAGAUUGGGGAACCUGACGACCAUUCUCUGUCUGCCUUAAUUUCAGGUUACGCAAGCUGUGGGAAUGUGAGUGAGUCUAGAAGACUUUUCGAUAGGAAGAGUAACAGGUGCGUCUUUGUAUGGAACUCUAUGAUCUCGGGUUAUGUCGCCAACAACAUGGAAAUGCAGGCGUUGCUUCUUUACAGUGAGAUGAGGAAUGAAGCUCGGGAAGACUCUCGUACCCUAGCACCCCUAAUAAAUGCUUGCGGCGUUUUGCGUAUCCUUGAGACUGGUAAACAGAUGCACGGCCAUGCUCAUAAACUCGGGUUAAUCGAUGACAUUGUUGUAGCUAGCACGUUGCUUGACAUGUACUCAAUGUGUGGAAGCCCCAUGGAAGCUUGCAAACUUUUCGGCGAGGUCAAAACAUACGACACUAUCUUACUGAACUGUAUGAUCAAGGUGCAUUUCAGCUGCGGAAGAGUUGAAGAUGCGAAACGGACAUGUGAAUCAAUUGAGGGAAAUUCAAAACAUUACUAG